CUCCACCUUUUCCCUCCCUCGUCGCCAUGUCUCUGCUCGGCAGCGGCAGCACCAGCAGUGCAUUCCUGCGGCAGCUGUACCGCCAGCCGCCGCGCGUGGCGCACUGCUUCUCGCACAGCUCUCGCGCUGCGCUCAACGCACGCGGCGAGCGCCUCGUGCUGGGCAUCGAGACGAGCUGCGACGACUCGUGCGUGUCGCUGGUGCGCGCGCCGCUCGACUAUGGCGCCAGCCUGGCACAGGGGAAAGCGCUGCCUGAGGGCGGCGAAGCACACGUCGUCGCCUCCGUCGUGCUGCGCCAGGACCACGGCGCCACGGGCGGCAUCGAGCCGCUGCAGGCGGCACACGAGCAUGCCGCACGCCUGCCGUCGGCGCUGCUCCAGGCGCUCGAGCAGGCUCGCUACACGGGCGACCUGUCUAGUGGCGCCUCGCAGGUGCCGAGCGAGAUCGACGCGAUUGCCGUGACGCAGGGGCCAGGCAUGUCCGGCUGUCUCUCUAGCGGCCUGGCGAUGGCAAAGACGCUCUCGGCGCUCUGGAAGCGCCCGCUGCUCUACGUGCACCACAUGGCCGCACACGCCCUCACGCCCUUUCUCACCUCGCCGAGCUUGCGCUUUCCAUAUCUCUCGCUCCUCCUCUCCGGCGGGCAUUCGCAGCUCGUGCUGGUGCUCGGGCUCGACGACUACGAGAUCCUCGCCGACGCCACAGACGGCGCCAUCGGCAAUGCAUUCGACAAGGUCGCACGCAAUCUCGACGCCAUCGACGAGUGGGGCACCAAGCCUCCCGGACUGCAGCUCGAGGAGCUGGCGGCGCAGGGCAUUGCGCACGAGCACUGGGCGCAGGUGCAGCGCGCCCGGCGAGGCCUGCCGCUGGAUCCGAGUGUCCCAACACCCAAGCAGGUCGCGGCACAGCGGCUGCGCGAAAGGAAAACGGAAGGCAGGGAAGAAAUGCUCCAGCAGAGAGAGACGGGUGUGAAGGAGGACGAGACCGGACAGGAGAAGAAUGAGCCAAAGGAGAAGGGCGCAAUGGAGGGUCCGAAGGAGCAGGAGGACGUUGAGCUGCCGCCGCCGAUCCCGCCGCUCAUGCGCGGCCUGCCGAUUCCUUUCCGCGGCGUGCCGGCCUUCUCCUUCGGCGGUCUGAAGGAAGCUGCCUGCGCCGAGAUCCGCAAUGCGCAAGCCCAGGGACACUACGACGUCCGCUGGCGCUGUCGCAUGGCGCGCGAGUUCCAAAAGGCCGCCUUCGCCCAGCUGUGCGACAAGCUGCACAUGGCGCUCGAGCCCGAGACGGUACGCAGUCGCACUGUGCCGCCAUUUGCGCGCCGCGAGCCCGAGACGAACAAGAGUGCGCCGAGGGUCCGGAUCUCGGAUCGCCGCUUGGAUCUCGGCAUGCCGAGAGAGAACAUCAAGCACCUCGUCGUGGCGGGAGGCGUGGCGAGCAACAGGUCACUGCGCUAUGUGCUGCGAGACGCCCUGGACUCGAUGAAGCGCAAAGACGUGCACCUCUGCUUUCCUCCCAUUCAGUUCUGCACCGACAACGCCGCCAUGAUCGCGCAUGCCGGGCUGCUGCAGUGGAGCCAGCGCACGACCGACAUGCGCCGCUUCCCGCGCGCCAAGUGGAGUCUGGCGGACCUGCGUGUGCAGGAGCACGAGGCGGCGCAGGCCGAGGCAAAGGCGCAGGAGGCACAAAUGGAGCAGCGAGUCGAGGGAAGAGCGGCGCGGGCGCUCAGGAAUCUGGACCUCGGCCCGGGACUGGCAGGCGCAAUGUGAUGCCUUGCG